GCGACAGCAAAGCAUAUAUACAACGCGAGGCCGUCAUGCAUGACAGAGUUUGCGAGGGAUAGCAUAUGACCGGCAUGUGAAAUAAUAAUUUGGGUCCGAGAGUCGGGGAUUGGUGCUAGCGCUGCUGCGAUUGAUAAGAUCAUUGAUGCAUAUGAUACGUUCCACAUAGCUGUAACAGCCAAUCAUAAUCAGACCUUGAUCGGACGCAGGUCCUGGUCCGCAGGAUGAUCCAGUUCGCGUUCUAUUGACAAUACUGUCAUUUCUAUAAUCACAACUCAAGCGCCUCAUUUCGAACAUCCGAUAAAAGAGUGCUCAGCAUGUCGAGAUGCACUAAUCCAUCUGUACUCUUCUCUUUGACGUUGCGCUCGUUAUGGCCGUACUCUAUUUCCCGAAGACUUUCAACAUCAAUUGGUCUUCCGAUGAAAGAACGCUAACCGAAGAAACACUCCCCCAAGCCCUUCGUGACACGUCCUCUUUAACCAGAGUACUCUGUUUCCUUGCUUUGGGGCGCCCCGAUCUUGAAGGCCAUUGGGAGGCGCUGCAAUCCGAAGACGCGUUCGAGAUCGUGAGGGGCAGGCUAUGCACUAUCCUAACCAACACUAUCACCGCAGCGGGCCUGCUUCUCGCAACGAGUGGCGUUUUCGUAACCACAAACUCACCUGUGCUAUAUCUCGACUACACCUCACCUGCCCCUUAUUUUUUGCUCUUCAUAUCACUCAUGCUCGCCAUGAUUGCAAUGUUGAUAUCUGGCUUGAGCAUGAUCCGCUGGCUACACACCGAUCGGCAGUGGACUCGAGAACAACUCAUACCAGGCGGCUAUUUCCUGUUGUCCUACCUGUUAUCAAUAAUCAUGCCCAUGUUCUUUGUUGGCUUGUCCCUGAAUUGUUUCAUUUUUGCGAUGUUGAUAGCAGGAUUUUAUUCCCAAAACACGGUCUGCUACACCCUCACCGCGGUCUGGCUGGUCAUAUACGUCGUCAGUAUUGGCACAAUAUCGAUGGAAUUCAUGUGGAAGUAUGCGAAAAGCCUCAAGUUACGUUGAUCUAGAUACCGUCAGGAUUUUUUCUUUUGCUUUCUUUCUUUUUUUUUUUUUUACCCCACUGAACCCCAUGGCGUUUGUUGGAUGUACAUUAAGUUAUAGCUCAGCACCACGGAGUGGAUGACACCCCGGCCGAAACUGCUCAAUUGUAUCAGUAGAAAUAUUUAGAUGUCUUUACAUCGAAUCAAUCA